AGCAUGUCGUCUCGCUUCAUGGCUUGGUUCAACUCUCCCACUGGGCCAAGGACAACACAUUUCUGGGGCCCCGUUGCGAACUGGGGAUUUGUGGUUGCAGGAAUUGCGGACUUGACAAAGACCCCAGACAUCAUUUCAGAGAACAUGCAAGUGGCGAUGUGCAUCUACUCUGGGCUGUUCAUGAGGUUUGCAUGGAAAGUUAUCCCCCGCAACUACCUCCUCCUCGCAUGCCACGUCUCCAACGAGACCGUCCAGGCUACCCAGCUGAGCAGGAAGAUUAUGGACAUGCAGGGUCACACCUGGUACGACGAGAAAUACUUCAAGUGGAUCAGAGAACGAGCGAACAAGCCAGCAGCCUGAAGGACAACACGAGGGCAGGAGGGAGCAGGCGCACGAGGAUGUGAAUAUUUGAAAUCUCUUUAGCUUUAAAUUCUCAAGCUUUC